AGCCGUAUGAAUGUGUAUUCAAUAGAUUUUUACUAAAUUUCUCAUAAAUGCAUAAAUAUCCAUAGCUAAUAAAUCUUUCAAGGUUUUAAAUCAAGCUAAAUUAUUUUUAUCCCUUUUAGUAUCAAUACGUAAAAUCAAUUAUUCCCUAUCAAUACUUAAUUUCGAAAUACAUACUUGCGUACAUCAAGUAUGUAUAAUAGGCCAUACGUGAGCUAAUUUAACUAGAAACAGAAAGAUCUAAUUACUGAUGCUGCACCCAACUACACGUCAAUAUUUGUCUAAAAUAUGUGACGAUAUCCACAAAUAUAAUAUACAUAUAACAAUUAAUAUCUCCCUAGCCCUGACGCUAUUACUCAGCCAAAUGUUCGACGACUGGACCGAGCCAAUCGCAAAUCAAGAUCGUCAAACGAUGUUAAAGAACGCGCAAAUUAGUCGAAUGAUAUCUAUAGUCUGUUCCACUCUAACGUAUCUCAUGCUUUUCGCUUUUAUAUCGCUACAAAUUUGGAGUAAUAUGCAAAGUGCGUCAGAAGCCGAUCUAGGAGGACUCCUUCAUCCAGCUACGUUUCCUUACAACACCAGCAAGAGUCCAAAUUUCGAACUCACAUGGCUGGGACAAUUUAUAGGCACGAUGUUAGCCGGGAUAUCCUAUUCUUGCUUCGACACGUUCCUUGCGGUUCCCGUGUUACAUUUGUGCGGUCAAUUAACUGUUCUUAGAAUGGCACUCGAGGAUCUAGCUAACGCGACGAAGAAGGAUAAUAAUUACGCAAGGUUCCAUGAACGACUGGGAUUCAUUGUGAACAGGCACAAUCUGUUAUCUAGGUUUGCCGUGAUCGUGGAAGAUUGCUUCAAUCUCACGUUACUUGUUCAGACUGUAAUCUGCACAGCGAUGUUUUGUCUGACUGGAUAUCGUAUGAUAACUUCCGUAGAUCAGGAGCAAGCGGACAUACGAAUAGUUGGAAUGAUAUUUUUCAUCAUACACGUAAUUUAUACUAUGCUGCAUCUUUUUAUUUAUUGUUAUAUAGGAGAAAUGCUUCUAGGGGAAAGUACCGGUGUUGGGCAAUCAGCAUACGAGUGCGAUUGGUACGAUUUACCACCGAAGAACGCGAUUUCACUAAUUAUCGUAAUAUGUCGCGCGAAAGUAUCGUUUCAAAUAACAGCUGGAAAAUUCAGUCCCUUCUCCCUCGAACUCUUUAAUGCUGUUCUAAAAACUUCUGCCGGAUAUCUUUCAGUAUUGUUAGCCAUGAAGGAUUGACUGUUCGGAGAAGAGUAACAUAAUCGUAUGGUUGAAAUAUAUUGGUUCUUGUAUAUGAGAGAAAAAAUAAAAAAACACUGUAAACCGAACGUUUUAUAAAAUUACGCUACAUGUUGAAUAAAUAUUUUGAUAUCCGUUCAGAGGUUCAUGUUGCGAUUCAUAUAGUCCCAUAACAAUGCUUUUAUCCGAAGUAAUUGCACAAACUUUCGAAGAAUCUUUUGGUAAAACGAUC